AUGGGCAGCUCAUCAGGGCUCGUCGACUGGAGGGGAAGGCCGGUUAACCCCAAGAAGCAUGGAGGAGUAAGAGCUUCCAUCUUCAUUCACGCUCUGGUGCUGCUGAGCAACGCUGCCAACAUCGCCAACAUCAUGAACCUGGAGACCUACCUUCGCGGCACCAUGCACAUGGGGGUGGCGGAGGCCUCAACGACGGCCAGCAACUUCUUCGCGGCGCUGCAGAUGUUCUCCAUCCCGGCAGCCUUCCUCGCCGACUCCUACAUCAAGCGCUUUUACACCGUCCUCAUCUUCGGCCCGAUCGAGAUUCUGGGCUACAUCCUACUGGCAGUGCAAGCGCACGUCCCAUCUCUGCACCCGCCACCCUGCAGUCCCACUGGCGCGCAGACCUGCGAGACGGUCCGUGGCUCCAACCUGAGCCUGCUCCUCCUGGGCCUCUACCUGAUCCCCAUCGGCGACGGCGCGGCGCGCGCGUGCCUGCCGGCGCUGGGGGGCGACCAGUUCGACACGGCCGACCCCGUGGAGCAGCGGCAGGAGACGAGCUUCUUCAACUGGUACACCUUCGCCGUGUCCUCGGGCGGCUUCGUCGGCCUGGUGCUCGUCGUGUGGGUGGAGAACAGGAGAGGAUGGGACAUCGGCUUCACCGUGUGCGCUCUGUGCGUGCUGCUGGGGAUGCUCAUAUGGAUGGCCAGCUUCCCUUUCUACAGGAACCAGCUGCCCGGUGGAAGCUCCAUCACAAGAAUCUUGCAGGUUCUUGUGGUGGCAUUCAAGAAAAGAAAUGUUCAAUUGCCUGACAACGCAAGUGAACUCAAGCAACUGAACCAAGAUGAUCACAAUGUCCUUGAAGAGCUGCAGCGGACAGAUGGCUUUCUGUGUCUCGAGAAAUCCGCGGUAGAGACCGGGGAGACAGGGCCAUGGUCGCUCUGCACCGUGACGCAGGUGGAGGAGACCAAGAUCGUCCUCCGGAUGGGGAACACCAUGGAUACCAAGCUAGGCAGCGUCCACAUUUCCCCGGCCACGCUCUUCGUCAUCCCCACCGUCUCCCAGAUGCUGAUCCUCAUCCUCUACGACCGGUUCAUCGUCCCGUCCCUGCGCAGGAUCACGGGAUACGUGGGCGGCGUCACGCAUCUGCAGCGCAUCGGGAUCGGGUUCCUCUCGGCCACCGUGGCCACCGGCGUGGCCGCCCUGGUGGAGGCCAAGAGGAAGAGGGUCGCGGAGGACAAGGGCCUCAUGGAAGCCACCACCGGGAUCCCCAUGUCCGUCUUCUGGCUGACGGUGCAGUUCUUCCUCCUCGGGGUGGUGGACGUCACCUCCUUCGUGGGGCUCCUCGAGUUCUUCUACAGCGAGGCGUCGACGGGGAUGAAGUCCGUUGGCAGCUCCAUCUUCUACUGCAUCCUCGGGGUGUCGGCUUGGCUGGGGAGCCUGCUCAUCCAGGUGGCCAACCGGGUCACCAGGCGCGCCGAUGGGACGGGAGGAUGGCUGGACGGGACCAACUUGAACAUGGGCAAGCUUGAUAACUUUUACUGGCUGCUUGCUGUGCUUGAGCUGGUGGCACUCUUCGUCUACACCAUCUUCGCCAGGAGGUAUGUGUAUAGGAAUGAGCAAAGGGUUGUGGACACCAAGGUUCCAGUGGAAGGUGCCACCUUUGGUGAUGUCAUGAUCUAG